AUGACGAACUCCGGGACAGAAAAGAAGAAACGCAUCUAUCUCAAUGCCUUUGACGCUUGCACCGUGGGCCAUACCAGCCCCGGGCAAUGGCGCAACCCGAUAGACCGGUCGGCAGACAAACGGGACCUCGACUACUGGCUUGAGACGGCGAGGCUGCUAGAGAAGGGGAAGUUUCUGUCAUACUUCUUAGCUGACACAGUGGGAGGCUUCGAUGUGUACAAGGGCAGUCGAGAUCCUGCCAUCAAGAUAGGAUCAGAGUUCCCCGUCACAGACCCUUUCGUUCCCAUUUCAGCCAUGGCAGCCGUGACAAAAUCACUGGGUUUUGGCGUCACUGCAUCAACAAGCUAUGAGAGGCCGUUCUUGCUUGCACGCCGCUUCUCAACGCUCGAUCACUUUACCAAAGGUCGCAUUGGAUGGAACAUUGUCACAUCCUGGAACAAGGCCAGUGCGCUGGCUAUGGGACUGACGGACAUCAUUCCUCAUGAUGAGCGUUACGCAGCAGCUGAUGAGCUGAUGGGACUUUUAUAUCAACUCUGGGAGUCUUCUAUCGCCGAUGACGCUGUAGUAAAGGAUAAGGUAUCCGAGACUUAUAUCGAUCCGUCCAAGGUCCGAACGAUCAAGCAUGAAGGGAAGUACCACAAGCUGGAAAGUCCGUUCAUCGUCGACCCAAGCCCUCAGAGGACACCUUUCCUCUUCCAAGCCGGAACUUCCCCUGCUGGAUCGGCCUUUGCAGCCAAGCAUGCUGAAGCCAUCUUCAUUGCUGGCCACGUCCCAGGCACCUUGGCACCCAAAGUUGCCAAGAUUCGACAGUUGGCUGCGGAACAAGGACGGGAUCCUCAGAGCCUAAAGUUCUUUCAAUGCCUCACAGUCAUCCUCGGUGAGACGGACGAAGAUGCUCAGAAGAAGUUGGAAGAGAUAAAGAAGUACCAGUCCAUAGAGGGUGGCCUAGUCAUCUUCAGCGCUUUUACUGGUAUCGACCUCAGCAAAUACGAUCUUGACGAAGAGAUAAAACCUGAAGACAGCAAAUCUUCAGCAAUCAUUCAGUCAGCAUUCAGCAAUCUUUUCAACGAGGAGCAGGGAACCGGAAAGUGGACACCUCGGCGAGCGGCGGAGGAACUCUCAAUCGGUGGCAACGGAGCUGUUCUUGUUGGAAGCCCACAGACUGUAGCCGACGGGAUGGAACGAUGGGUUAGGGAAGCUGAUGUUGAUGGCUUCAACUUGUCUCCUGUGGUGCAGCCGCAAUCUUGGCAAGAUAUUGUCGAGUUACUUGUGCCGGAACUGCAGAGGCGGGGGAUCUACUGGGAUGACUAUGAGGUUCCGGGAGGUACGCUGAGGGAGAAUGCUCAGGGUAAGGGGAAUAGUCGCUUGAGAAGUGAUCAUGCCGGAAGUACAUAUGUAUUUGAUGCUUCGAAGAAGGAAUAG